AUGAUCGAUGUCCAAGGAUUCUUGUUGCGGGAUUGCCGGGCCUCGUCUAAGAAGCUGGUAGAACAAGCGAAGCUACGAGCGGAGGAGCUGAGACGAGAGUUUGAGGCUGGCAAGAAAGUGCUGUUGGAUGCCCUAGAAGCCGAGAAGGAGAACUUGGAGCAAGAUGACAGUUCGAUUCCGCGAGCAUUUUCCAUUUCAGUGCGAUGCAUCACUGGACCGUACCGAGGGCGAAAGUUUCACAUGGAUAUUGACGUGAAACGGCAUUCCUCUUGCUUUGUGGGCCGUUCAACUGGCCGAAAGUUUCGACCGCCUCGAGGAUUGAGCAUGCCGAAGGAUUCUGAACUUUCAACGUCGCACGGAGAGAUUAAAAUGGAGGCGACGGGGAAAAUCUUCUUCGUCGACACCGACAGUACAAACGGUACCCGCAUCAACGACGUGGAGCUGGAAGCCCACGAGCCCUAUGAGCUUACCGUAGACAAGCCCGUCAAAGUGGAGGUCGGCGCAGGCGAGUACGAGUUUACGUUCGAGCAGAAAUCUUGAAAGUGACGGCCUCUUCAUGCGCUCAACUCCCCGAUAGUGCAGCAAGACCGGAAACCUCAAGAAGCGGCACUGAAUCGCUAGCGGUUGUUGACCACCACCCUAUAGUAUUAUAUUCCGUGUUCUUUUUUCCAAGUUUUCUCAUCGACUUGUGCUGAGCUCGCCGUCUAGCAUCUGAAUCAUCAUCUGUGCACCUGGACGUGAGCAUUAGCCCAGCUCUACCAGUCCACACGCCGAGGAUCCCUGGACGCUAUUGCUCAGCUCAGCUCCUCCUAAACUUCCGACUGCAAAAAAAAGAUAGCGCUGUGCUCGCCUCGCUUUUCUCAAGCGGACAACAUCUAGUUGGAGCCCGAGAUCUUGUCCUUUAUGUCGCCCACAGCCUUGUCCGUCUUGUCCAGCGCGGCCUGUGCUUCGGCGUUCCCCGCGAACGCCAGCUGGCACGUCGUCCAGCUCGAGCCGGCGCCGGAGCCCGCGCCCAGACCCGUGAUCAGUCCACGACCCGUGCCAGAACGCGCCAGCACGAGGGACGUGAGGCCUCCAGCCACGAGGCCGGCGCCGAAGUAAAGCGUGAAGUUCUCCAGGCACUUGUCCCACUUCUCCGAGAUGCGGUACUCGGACGGGAUCUCCUUGUUGUCGCUCAUGGUGCUCUGCUCGUGCUCUUCCU